AUAUUUGAAAAAUAUGAUCCUGUAACAGCUGCGAAUAUUAACUGUAAACAAACACAAUCCCCAAAUUCUGUAAGUUGACAAACUUAUACUUUUCAACCGAUUACCAAUUCAACUUUGCUGUAGUUCUUCUUCCCCUUUUCAUCAUCGAUCCAUUCAAGAAAACCCCCCAUCUUAUUGGCAAUCUCGAUCUUGUCCCCAAAUCACUUACUUUUUCUUUGAGAUUUUCAAUUUUGUUUCCUCUUAAAACCCAACCCCUCUAAUUUCUCCUGCCCAUACCUCCACAAUACUCACUCUGAACAAACCCAAUCUAAGACCGGAUUUUAUUGGAAGAUCAUAGUCAUAACUCACAUCUUGCUUCUUGUUUAGUGAAGCUGUGAAAUUUACACAUGGAGGAUGAAAAACAGACGAUAUCUCAGUACCGAGAUAAACUGGACACAACGCUAAUGUCUCGCGAUCUUUCUGAUGUGGAAUCUUUAAAAGUCCUAGUUGAAAGUCAAAUGUCAAAGUCAACACUAAGUGGAGAUCAAGAAAUUAUGGAUAAUUUGGUUCAGAAACGAACUAAGGAAGUGGCUAAUUCUCUCAGCAUGCUUAGAAGUGCUUCCGGGAAAGUGGUCGAUGGGUCGAGAGCUAAUGAGAUACCACAUGGUGGUUGGAAAAUAAAACACGAUAAUCAAGAAUGUCGUGUUAUGUAUAGGGAGGGACCGAGUGGUACUCCCUUUCAUACAUUACUUGUCGAAGGAUAUGUAGACGGGCCUCUCGAUGUUUGCAUGUGCUUAUCAUGGGAGGCGGGACUUUUCCCGAAAUGGUGGCCUCAGUUUAAUAUCCCGACAUUUAGGGUCAUCUCUUCGGAAUGCGUAAAAAAGGUCAGAAUGGGCGAACAAAUAUCUUUAGUGAGGAUGAAGCUUUCAUGGCCCGUAUCAGCAAGAGAGGCGUUAGUCCAUUUUGUUAGCCUUGACUACUUCCAAGAUGAUCUCAUUAUAGUGCUUUUGAACACAAUUCCUGAGACAGAAGACAUCGAUAUAAGCACUCACGGAUUCACAAGAGACGGCAUACCCGAUGUAGAAAAUGUGACAAGGAUAGAUGUUGUAGGAGGCCUUGCUUUGCAAAAAGUGAGCACCAACCGAAGCUACUUCAGGGCGAUCGCAAAUAUAGAUGUAAAACUUGAUUUUGUUCCCCCGGCGAUUAUCAACUUUGUUUCCAGGCAACUUAUAGGUAGCGGCUUCAAGCUCUAUAAAAAGAAAGUAGCCUCUGUGUCCAAAGGCGAUGCAGAUUUCAGCAAGGUUUUAGAGGAGCCGUUUUAUGGUCUAAUUCGCGAGGCACUCUACUCCGAAAAUAACUUACAAAACGAGACAUUUAAACCAAAAGAAAUCAAGAAUAUUGAUGAGGUUUCAGAACAAGAAACGGUCAAGAUUGGUCAACCCGAAGAGCAUUGUACCGCAGAGGAACAAGAAUUGAAAAAUCAGUGGUCAGUUAAUGAAAUAGAAGAAAUAGAAGAAACCGGAAGUUCACAUGAAGAUGAUGAUGACGACGAUAAUAAUAGCGACAGAUUAUUUGUUGUCGGUAAAAAGGAUAUUAUUAUAAGUUCCGAAGUGAAUCAAGCUCUGGCGACACUUGAAAAGGUCAUUUCCGUCUUUAGGGAAGUUGGAUUCAAUCCGAGAUCCUUGUCUUUAUCUCGGUUCAUCAACAAUGUGUUUGCCGAUCUUGAAGAAAAUAAAUCAAACGAUUCCAAACAUUUUGUGAACGAGUUAACAGUGAGGAACUCACUAGAAUCAAGAAACAGUUUUUCAAGUCGUCGCUCAAGGCACAGAGAUAUUGAAGUUGGUAUGGUAUCACGAGAAGAUGAAAACUCGAGUUCACGUGGGACCCACCGGAGUUCUUUCUCUUUUGCCGUAAAUGAGACCAUGACAUCAACAUUAGCAGAAAACAAUGAUAUAAAUGGAGAUUUUCGGAACAGGGAUGAAAGUAGUUUGACACAGAAAAAGACAAAAAAACAAAGAUUUUGCUGUUUCAGUUUCGGUUCUGGACCGCUAGUCGCGUGAAAGAUUAUUGGUUUUAACAUAUAUACAUGCACUUAUAUAGGGUAUAGUAUAGGUGCAGGCUGCAGUUGGAGAUUUGGCUCUUGAUAUGUUUAUAAAUAAAACUGUGGUAGGAAUGGAAAUUAAUGUUUUAUAUAUGCAGAGAAAUUAUGUUUAUUGAUUAUGAGGGGGUGAUAUGAAUAUGAUGUAAAGUUGUAAGAGAUGAACUUUUGGGUAUUUACAGAAUUGGUCCUCCAAAUAGGAUUUUUCAUU